GUAAAAAAUUUCUUACCAAAACAAAUUUCGCCAAUAAAAAUGUUUAAAAGAGUUUAUGAAAAAUCGUUUAUGCAAAUCUUGCAAAUUUUGUUGCUAGUAUUGACAACAACCAUUUCUUAUGGAUUAGAUCAUUUAGUUAGUAAUACGACCGCUCUGGGUAUUAAAUAUGAGAGCAAUGCCACCACUAGUAUAUCUAGCCAAGACUUACAUCCUCAUAUCCUUAAUACCAAUAUAACGAUUUUGCAUGAAGUUCACGAUGGCAGCUAUUCGACAAAAAAGAAAGAUCGUGCGGAUAUAUUACCGUUAAAACCGAUUAAGAAGAAACACUAUGCAUUAUUGGAUAAAGUAAUCGCACCUAUAAGUUAUGAAAAGUCAAAACCAUUGAAAGAUGUCGAUCUACAUCCAGUCGUUUUCGAUUACAAUUUGGGUGAUUUAGAAGAUUUAGAACAUGAGUCAUUUAAAAAAGCCGAUCUCAGUAGCGAGGAGAAAGCGCUCUUAAGAGAUACAAACACAACCGAAUCUAUAUUACAUUAUAAAGCAAAUAAUAAUAAUAAAGACGACGGAUCGGAGGAAUACACUUUGGAAGACGAUCUAAAUGUUCAAGUAGAUAUCGUAACUACGACAAAAGGCAGUAACUCGGUAUUGUUAAGUUUAGCUAAUGCGACAACCAUUAGUCCAACAUCGUCUAUUUCGUUAUCAUCUUCUACAUCAGUGGUGACCAUAAGUCCUCAUAUUUUUAAAGUUUCGAAAACGAAAUCAACAAAAAAGGGCCGUGAACUUUUGAAACGCGAAGAUCUACAAAAGAGCUCCAACAAUCAUAACAGUAUUAAUCAUUAUUUUAAUGAAUACAACAGCUUGGGUGCUAAUGCUUCCGCGGCGAGUUUGCAGAGCGCCAAUGUUUUCCAGAUUUUUGUUAAUUUAUAUGAUCACUUUUACUGGCAGGCGGCCGACAUUAGAAAGAAAGUCUCAACUGGCUGCGGUCUAGAAUUGCAGGCCUAUUUAACCGCAUUACAUGGCAAUUAUCAUUGGGCUCAGCAAGCUUACGAUGCCUCUGGUCGUUAUCGCGGCCAAUUAUUUUUCGGCAAUGAUAAAUGGCUGGGCCAGAAAUCAUUCUGCUACGAACUCAAUCGCCAACUUGAACCCGAAUCCCGUAAACAUUUUGAAUUUGAAUUCUAUGCGGCACUAAUUAACAUGAAUUUGCGAUUACCCAAGGAAGUGACUUUAAAUUUGCAACUGGGAGAAUGCUUACCAAAGUCAUGUUCAUCACAAGACAUACAACAUAUAUUGGAUUUGGAUCCUCAUGCGCAAAUCUUGAAGACUCUUAAUUAUAAUAAUAAUAAUUCUUCUAAUAGCACAACGACUUCCGUUAAAAUCUUAAGAGUGCGUACAGUGCCGGGCAUUUACAGCUUUUGGCGGGAAUUAAGUUUCCAGAUAUUUGCGAGCUUCAUGUUUACUCUAAUUGUUCUGGUCAUUGUGGCCACUUGGUAUCAAUGUAAGGUAAAUGAUAAACAAUACAUAGAACCGGCAAUAUCCGUGAUAAGUCAAAAAAUUGAUGUCAACUUAACUCAUCAUAUGGCAAACGAAACUCGUUAUAUGAGCAGCAACAGCAGUAGCAACAGUAAUCACAAUAUGUCUUUUGAACUUUAUCAAAUGUCCACUUUAAAUGAGAACAACAAUAAUAGUAACAACAAUAACAACAAUCCUAAUAGCAGUAAUAGUAGUAGUAGUAGUAGUAGUAAUAAAAAUAACAACAAUAACAAUAACAGUAAUAUCGGCGAUAGUGGUAUGGAAAAUAAUGCAAACAAAACAUUAUGCAAAAAUGGCAACAGAAACCAUAAUCUCAAUGGUGACACCCAGUCACAAACGACCAGUUUGAAUGUCAGAAAUCCUUCCAGCGUUCAAGACAAAGAAUAUAAAAUUGAAACAACAGAGACAAAUAUCUGUAAUGAUAGCUUACAGGGUACCUACAUAGUCAAGCAACAUUUGGGUCUACAUGAGCAGCUGCUGUUAUGUUUUGCAUUUCAAACGAAUGCCAGUUCAAUAUUAAAUGUGGACUUAAACAAGGAGGUUCAAACAUCCUGUGUGCAUGGUUUGCGCGUCAUAUCCGUAUUGUGGACCAUUUUGGUGCAUACAUAUUUGCAAGUAUUUUCCAUAGGCGAGAAUCGAUUUCGUCGCAUCAUUGUCGAGCGUUCACCUUGGUAUCAAAUUGUCGGCAAUGCUACAUUCUCUGUCGAUACAUUUUUCUUUAUAAGCGGCUUUCUGGUUACUCUGUUGUUUAUGAAACAUGAGAAGAAAUAUCCAAGCGAUAUGCAUCAAUAUGUUAAAAAAGGUACAUGGGAUACAUUGAUGAUGCUCUUGUAUCGCUAUAUACGUUUGACGCCAGCCUAUCUGUUCGUUAUAUUUUUCAAUGAUUUUUCAUUGAGGGAAACCUUUAAUAAUUCCAUUUUCCAAGCAACAAUCGCGCCGAACACAUGCAGCCAAUAUUGGUGGCGUAAUAUUUUGUAUGUUAAUAAUUUUUAUCCGUUAAGUGAAAUUUGCAUGAUAUGGAGCUGGUACAUGGCCAAUGAGAUGCAAUUUUAUAUAAUGGCCACUAUUUUAUUGGUAGUCUCCCUAAGAUAUUUCAAAACUGCUGUCUUGACACUUGCUAGUAUACUCAUUAGUUCUUGGGGUGUUGCCGGUCUGGUAUCUUUACGCAAUCAUUAUACACAUAAAGUAGCCAAGCCUUUCGAAUCAUUUGAUUUUCUUUAUGACAAGCCUUGGCAGAGAGUGGGCACUUAUAUAAUGGGUAUGCUCACCGGUUAUAUAAUACACAAAGUGAAAACGCCUCCAAAAAUUUCCGGACGCAUUAUUAUUCUGCUGUGGAUUUUGAGUUUAGGUCUACUAGCCUUAAUUAUAUUUGGUGUAUGGGAAGGACAACUGAACGAAGUUAGUACAGCUUUUUACGUUAGCAUAGGACAUACAGCUUUCGGAUUUAGUCUUAUAUGGAUGGUAUUAUCAUGCUGUUGGGGUCUAACGCCUACGAUUAAUCGUUUGCUCUCCUAUCGUUGCCUUUGGCCUUUGUCGCGUCUCACCUAUUGCGCCUAUUUGAUACAUCCCGUUAUAAUGUUAAUAACUGCUUUUCGUAUGGAUGGUACCGUACAAUUAAAUAACGUAUUAAUUAUCAUUGUAUUUUUUGGUAAUGCCGUCGUAUCAUUUAUUGCCGCAUUUUUUAUAUCUGUCCUGUUAGAAGCUCCCGUAGUACGUUUAUUGAAAAUAUUGUUACGCAAAUAGACUUAGAACGGCCAAUAUGGCCAAUAAUCAAAAAAACAAAAAGGAAAAACAAAAAAAAAAUGGUCAAAUCUUAAAGAUAUAAAAAUU